CUUUCAAGUACGAUGACUCGCAAAGCAGUCCCAAGGACUUGAAUUGAAAUCCAUUCCAGCCGUAACCGGUUGCCGGAGAAUGGCUGCAUCUCUGACGCAGAAAGCAGGUUUUCUUGCCACCAUUGUUGCUGAUAGCCCAACUCGUGCAAUACUUACCUGUGCUUCGUGAAUUUGCUGCCCUCUCUGUCUGUGGGAUUAUUACACCUUCUCGCAUCCGAGACAUACUAUUACCAUCUUCUGCCUCCUUCGUAUCAACGCAUCCAAAAUGUACGCAGCGCUGAAGAAAAGCAGCAAGGACAGCACCUCCUCCGACCACUUGCCGCUACCAGACUACCAUGACGAGCAUUGCUCUAAGACCCAACGUCUUCUGGAAGAAGAGGAAGAGGCCUGCUACAUCGACCGGCCUCCCCGGCGACCGUUCUCCUUCUUCCGAUGGCAGAGCCUCUGCUUCCACUUCCUGCUUGCCUCGCUCUACGGCGCGGCUUUCUUGAUCGCGACGUCCAAAUCAAGGGAGUGGCCAGUGUCUAAACCAGCGCAUUUGAUUGAUUCCCCCCUCCACGAAGCCAUCCACAUGGAACGCAAGACCGUCUACGCGGCGAUCGACAGCAAGAACCCGUUCAAGGGCGCCCCCUCUGAGGAACUGGACCACGCAUGGCACCAACUCUUCGUCAACUCCAAUAUCCGGGUCACCGCCGAGGAUCUGGCCCGGAUCAAUCGCACCUCGGUGCCGAUCAAUGAUGAGAAGGGGGGGUAUUAUGCUAUCCCGGACGUAUACCACCAACUUCACUGCCUGAAAUUCCUGCGGCAGGUGGUCUAUCAGAACUAUUAUCAUAUAGGGAAACCGACGACUCCGGUUCAUAUCGAGCACUGCGUCGACAACCUCCGCCAGAACAUCAUGUGCAAAGCCGACGUGGCCCUGCUCACCUUCACCUGGGAUCCGAACGACCGCGCCCCGAAGCCCAACUUUGUGGUCGAUCAUGAGUGCGCGAACUGGGAUAUGGUGGACAAUUGGGCUAAGGAGCAUGCGUUUGAUAUCUUUGAUGAGACGACGCUGGUGCAUCCGACUUUAGGUCCCUCGUUUCCGGAGAAAGAGUACAAGGCUACCGGGAAGAUUCCGGGGCAUCCGGAUUUUCAUCCGAAUGAGUAUCAUGGCGGGGAGAUGCAUCAUCAUCAUGAUGGUGCUUAG